GUUGCACUUCUCGCGAAAGCAACAACUCCAUACAUUCAACUUUCGAUUCUCGAUUCCCACCCUUCCAAUGCCAACUUCAAUCAUAGAAGCUGGACUUGCGAACUGAACCGUUACGAUCCCACCGACGACUACCGCUUCGCUCCUUCUCGACCUGAUCAAUCUCCUAUUUGACUUUCUGCUCCGUUUCGAAAUUGAGUCAGCUUGGUUUCAUUUCACUUGUACGCCCGUCGAGUGCGGGCACUUUUUUGAUGUCUCUUCUUGCCAUGUCGACAGACGUCCAGGACCGGGAUUUGGCUGGCCGCAAGAGAUCCCAUGGCGAUUUCUUGGACCAAGAGCGCGGCGGGGCUGUAGCCUUCAGCAACCCCGAUCAUAUCCACACGGAUCAUUCGCUGAGCGACAAAGAAAACGAUGUGCCGUGUGCUUCCUCUCGGGGGCUGUCGCCCGCGUCGAAAUCCAGCUCGAGCGUGAGCGAACCGGCAUGCAGUUCAGCCGGCGUCAACUCACUCUCACCAAGUCCGACACCUACUUCUCUCGGGGCAUCUACGACAACAACACAGGCCUCGACAGUCAAUGCCGCAGCACGAAAAUCAGCUGGCGAGCCUCCGAAGAAGAGGAAGAGGGUGACCGCCGAAGAGAAAGCGGCUAAAGACGCGGCGGCAGAAGCCGAGAAGCGCAAGCGGCAAGAGGAGCGAGAGAAGAAGAAGCGCGAGAAGGAAGAGGCUGAAAGACUGAAGGCCCAAGAAAAGGCCGCGAAGGCUGAGGAGAGAGCUGCCAAGGCCGCCGUCUUGGCUGAGAAGGAGCAAGAGAAAAAACAGCGAGCUGAGGAACGGGUGCGGAAGAAGCGCGAGAAGGAGGAGGAGGAAGCGAAAAAGGCCGGCAAGCAGAUGAAGCUCACCAGCAUGUUCAACCUUAAGGCGACGACCGUAAAGAAGGAACACGCGGCACCUAAGGCGAACGAGGCGCAUCCGACAAGUAGCACGACCAAGAGCGAACCCAAGGAGAUGUCACUGUACGAGCAAGUAUUCAAGCCCUUUUUCGUCAAAGAACAUGUUCGACUCGCCAGCGGCCCUUUCCAAAUGGACGAAGAAACGAGGAAGGCCAAGACAAAGAUUCUCGAGGAAUAUGUGUUCGGCGAGCGACCACCACCGGCAUCUGCAUCCCGCUUCGACCCCUUAGAAACGCUUCAGAUCCCGUACAAAUUACGCCGCGGGCGUGUCUACCCGAGCGUUAGGAAGAUCAUGGAGGCGCUUGAGGGAUUUCCCUCCAAUGCGUCCACUGAUCUAACCACGGAUACACAAAACGCGCAGAUGAAGCUCACGCUGGAGACCCUGAAGCUGGUACCACUGAAGUCGAUUAAGUUUGCGGAAGAUGUGAGACCACCAUACAUCGGCACGAUCAGCGGUCCACCCUCUGGCGGUAAGAGCCUCGCGAAACUUGCCAGAAAUCCACUCUCCAAGAACAUUCUUCCCCUGAACUACGAAUACGAUUCGGAGGCAGAGUGGCAAGAAGAGGAGGGCGAGGAUGUGGAUGACCUAGAUGACGAGGAGGAGGAGGCAGACCUGGAUGAAGACAUGGCCGAUUUUCUGGAUGAUUCUGAGGAUGUUGGUCCGGCACGGAUGGUGUUCUCUGGAGGUAUGGAGCCCGAGAGCAUAGGACCGUGUUGGGAGGACCGUACGAGAAAGACAACGGAGCCGAAGUUGUACAAGCAUCGGCUGGAGUUCAUUUUGGAACCACUCGAGCAUCACCACGGCAUCGAUCCCUUCUCGAGCGCCUAUUGGGACACGCCCAAGUUGAAGGCUAGCGCAGGUAACGAACGAUCAGCCGCAUCCGCAUCCGCAUCCGCAUCCACGUCCGCAUCCGCAACGACUGCCUCCUCAUCAUCCAAUCUUCCCGGUUCUUCGAGCUCUGCCCAGGAUGCGCGUGCUAACCAGAUGGCUCCGCCGCCCGUCCCGUCAGAUGCGUUCCAGGCUCUCGGGGCAUCGGGAUCGGGCGCCAAGAAGGCGCAGCAGCCGCUUCCCGCUGACAUGCAGGAGAAGCUCAAGGAUCUUGUAAGAUCUAUGCCGAACCUCAGCAAAGUUGGCGUGAUUGAGCUGUUUGCGGCGAGUAACCCGGGGUGCUCGAGGGCCCAGAUCAAGACGUCUUUUGAUGCGCUUUUUGAGAAGGCGGGCAAGGUGUUCAAGGUUAAGGGGCAGUAGGCCGGCAUUUGUGAUACUGCAGUGUGAGGUGGGGCUGCUGUCUUCAGGAGCGCUGCGUGGUAUAUAUGUAGCAUACCAUGUCGAAGUGGGAAGGGCGCAAUAUGUACCAGGGAGAACUACAGCAGAGGACAGGGGGUAGGGUAAGCUGGGAUCUAUGGACGAGCUAUGUCUAUGGAGGCUCUUGGAGUGGCUGUUGAACUGUUUUACUGGCUUGGUAUAUGGCAUGGACAGCUAGAGACAUGCAUGGAAUCCGUGGUAUUAGGGUUGAGGAGCUGGGCGGACGGUGUCGGACGGGCGUGGAAAGCUGAACAUGGGUGGGUUGGUAUGUUUUCUUAAUGGCUUGUGCAUAAACAGGAGCGGAACAGGUAUUUCUCCAUGUAAAGAAUUCAUUUCUAACAUGCUCAAGAUUUAUCUGGGUUUGUCCUUUUUGGGGCUAGAUGUGGAAGUUGGGUCCAGCAUCUACCGGGAGGUCAAAGGUAUGUACGAGGGAAACAU